AUGUCAAAAAUUUUGUUUCAUGUUUUUAGGACUGAUGUAGAUGAUGGACAGUGGUUUGGUUUCAAAGUUGCUGCUGGGAUUGUAAAUGCACUCAGGCGAGGUCGAUUGGAGUUGGAAACAGAGUGCUUGAGGAUACUCCAGAAUAACUUCAACAUAGAGACUCAUACUUUUGCUCCGGACAGGGUGAUAUUGGAGGCAUUGCAGAAUUGUUCUCUUGGACAGGCUAAAGGUUUAAGACAAGCCCAUAAUCUUUACAUGUCUUUCGUGAAGUCGAAGAAGAAUGAUGCAGUUCAACUUGGAGCUCAGGCCUUAGAUUUGAAGUUACCAUUUGAAGAGAUUGAGGACUUGAUUAAGAGACAACUCGAUUCAAUAGUGGUGUUAGGAACUAAGUAUUUUCUAUCUGGGGGAGACACAAAGUUAGGAACCAAUUCAGUGAUAGAUAUGGUUGCUUGA